GCGAGCCGGCGACCGCCUUGUUCUGGUGUCCUGAGCUUGGCGAUUCCAGUACUACUGCUGUAGGCGCGCGAGUCCCGCACUGCCGCAGGGAUCAUGGUGUUCUACUUCACUAGCCACAGCGAUAAUUCAUCUGCUUACACUAUUUACAUGGGAAAGGAUAAAUACGAAAAUGAAGAUCUGAUUAAGUAUGGUUGGCCCGAAGAUAUUUGGUUUCAUGUGGACAAACUCUCUUCAGCUCAUGUAUACCUUCGAUUACAUAAGGGAGAAAACAUAGAAGACAUUCCAAAGGAGGUGCUGAUGGACUGUGCCCACCUUGUGAAGGCCAAUAGUAUUCAAGGCUGCAAGAUGAACAACGUUAAUGUGGUAUAUACACCGUGGUCUAACCUGAAGAAAACAGCUGACAUGGAUGUGGGGCAGAUAGGCUUUCACAGGCAGAAGGAUGUAAAAAUUGUGACAGUGGAGAAGAAAGUGAAUGAGAUCCUGAACCGAUUACAGAAGACCAAAUCAGAGCGGUUCCCAGACCUAGCAGCAGAGAAAGAAAGCAGGGACCGUGAAGAGAGGAAUGAGAAAAAAGCCCAAAAUCAGGAAAUGAAAAGGAGAGAAAAAGAAGAAAUGAAGAAGAAAAAGGAAAUGGAUGAACUUAGGAGCUAUUCAUCACUAAUGAAAGUUGAAAAUAUGUCUUCAAAUCAGGAUGGCAAUGAUUCGGAUGAAUUCAUGUGAAAGGAGAGAAGGACCUUUGAAAGAUGUGAUGUAGGACAGUUGCAGACCUUUUCAUUUCAUCCGUGUUGUGAACUAUAAAAACAACCAACCUCAAUUCUGCCUGCAUUCUACAUCACUAUUACUCAUUUUGGAGUUUAAACAGAACGUUCCUGUUUUUGCUGAAGAAAAGGAACAGAUAAUAUAUAUAAUAUAGUUGAACUUGGAGACAUAUAGCUUUAUGAAAGCAAAAAUAUUUUUGGCAGAACACAUCUUGGUACCUCAUGAAAGCUGAUGCCUUUGUUUGUGAGAUAGACUUUAGAAUGAACCAACUCUGAAAAGUAUUUCUGUGACUGUGGUCUAUCCCUGAAAACAGAUACCUUGAAAUGCUUUUCAUAGUCCUAAAAUAUCUUCGCAUCUGUUAAUGAAGAAUGUGUUGGUGGGCAAUACAGGCCAUUCCUGAUUUUCUAAUUAGAAAAAAAAAGGCAUAUGGGUUUUAAAGAUGAUAGUGAUAUUUGAAAAGACUGUUGGCUUUACUAUCAUGUCCCUCUUGUCUGAGUGCGUUAGUGUAGUGAUCCUCACUAUCAGAGUGUCCCAGCUCACGCCUGUGAUCCUAGCUACCUGGGAGGCUGAGAUCAGGAGGAUGGAGGUUCAAGGCCAGCCCAGGCAAACAGUUUACAGGACCCCAUCUCCAAAAU